AUGGAGCAGCGGACGGCCGAGCGGCUUGCGGCAAGGGAGGCGGAGGCGGCUGAUGGGAUUGAAACACACCGACGUGCGCGGACUAGCAUCAUGAGAGCGAUCAUGGAGAAGCAGAAGCAGGAGCAGCUCACGCAGGCGGAGCCUGAGAAGCUGCCUCGCCGGGCAGCGGAGGCAGACGCACGACCAGAUGUCCCAGCAGAAAAGGCGAAGAUGGCUGCUCGUGACCCGGACCACCAAGCCGAACGGACGCCGGUCCCAGAUCGCAAGGAUUUCGAGCAGCAGCGCCGCGAGCUGCAGCUACAGCGCGAUGCCAUGGAGCGGGAGGCCCUGGAGCGAGAGCAAGCAGAGCUUCAGCGCCAACGCAGAGCUUUGGUGCAGGCGCCCCAAGAUGUCUCUCCACAACGCACUGAAGAGCAGGUGCCACCAAACCAGCUCAUCGAUUCCCAGCGAGAGGCGGUUGAACGAGAGGUUUUCCAGCGCCAACAGCAGAUCGCUGCUGCCGAGCGGGAGGCCCUUGUCGAACAGAUCAAGGCAGCCAGGCAGCAGCAGACGCUGGAGAUGGAGAUGUUGAGGGAAAAGGUCUCCCAGGCCGAGGAUGCGCGACGAACUCAGCAGGCCGAGUUGGAGCGUCUCAAGGAGGAGGUCACGAAGGGCUCGGUGUACCAGGAGAUCUUGCAACACUUCAAGCUGACCCCUGCAGUUGCAGUGCAGGAAACAUUGCCGCAGCAUGCGAUGACAGCCGUCCCUGCUGUAGAGGUCGCCGAGACCCAGACAGCAGAGGUUUCCACGCGCAGUAUAUCAGUGGAGGCGGUCCCAGAGAUCCCAAGAAUGCGCCGGCCACAGCGACCUGAUCCGCAUGCUCUGGAGCUAGGACUGCAGCAGGGCCAAAUGCUGGAGCGAAUGCUGCUGAAGGUCGUGGUCCAAGGAUGGCAGGCAGCCAUCUUCGAGAGUUGGAGGCUCCCCCCGGAGUUCCGUGUACGAGACGUGCCCUGGCAGACUCCUCCCGAGGAGCCAUUGGUACCUCGCCCCCGGGGACAUAACUUCGUCAUGCAUGCUGAGCUGGCGGCCAAGGGCUUGUCUAAGUGGUCGGAGGCAGAUCCGGAAGGACCGUUGAGCACUGCGGACCUCUACGAAGCCAAUGCGCGGGCACAUGCUACGUUUGCCAGAUGGGCAGUAAGUGCUAGCCAACGGCACAGGGCGCAAGCCUUCGAGCAGAGGCAAGCAGAUCCUUUAAGUGCCGAAGACCAGGCUGCAGAGCGAGCCGUUCAGCGCGCGAGCCAAACCAUUGAAGAGGCAGUCCAGCAGGACCUCCUUCUAGAAGAGCUUCGAGGUGGGACGGCUUGGCCUCCGCCGCUUCUUCCUCCACGACCAGUCCUCCCCGGUGAUGCCGGAUGGCAGGAGCGUGUUCAACGUUCAGGAAGGCUGUUUGCAGCAGCCUCUGCGGACAUGCCUGCCGGCAUGCAGGAAGAGGUGCUCUUCGUGCGGAGUGAUGGCUUCGUCACAAGUUUCCAUGCCGAAGCUCCUGAAGGACCCACAUCCUCCCAAAGUGCGCCGCCGUUGAAUCCAUCCACUCCUGGCUGA